CCGAGCAUGGCGGCUCAUAAGCCGGUGGAAUGGGUUCAAGCCGUCAUAACGCGUUUUGAUGAGCAGCUUCCAGUUAAAGGUGGGCAACAGAACACCCAUUCCAAAGUUAGUACUGAACACAAUAAGGAAUGUCUCAUCAAUAUUUCCAAGUACAAGUUUUCCUUGGUCAUAAGUGGUCUCACCACCAUCUUGAAAAAUGUAAAUAACAUGCGAAUAUUUGGUGCAGAAGCUGAGAAGAACUUGUAUCUUUCGCAACUAAUAAUAUUAGAUACAUUGGAGAAGUGUCUUGCAGGGCAGCCUAAGGAUACAAUGCGGCUCGAUGAGACCAUGCUCGUAAAACAGCUGUUGCCAGAAAUUUGCCAAUUCAUCCACAUGUCCCGUGAAGGAAACCCGCUCAUAGCACAACUCCGUAACUCUGCUUCUGGGGUUCUCUUCUCUUUGAGUUGUAAUAAUUUCAAUGCUGUCUUCAGCCGUAUCUCCACCAGGUUACAAGAGCUGGCAGUGUGCUCAGAAGAUAGUACUGACGUCAAUGAUAUUGAAUUGAUACAGCACAUAAAUGUGGAUUGUGCAAGACUCAAACGAUUGCUGCAAGAGACAGUCUUUAAAUUCAAAUCACUGAAAAAAGCAGCUCAGUUGGCAGUCAUCAGCAGUCUUGAAAAGGCAUUUUGGAACUGGGUGGAAAAUUAUCCUGACGAGUUCACCAUGUUGUACCAGAGACCUCAGCCUGAUCUGGCAGAUUGUUCAGAGAAGCUGUUUGACCUUGUGGAUAGUUUUGCCGAAAGUGCCAAACGAAAAGCAGCAGUGUGGCCCCUACAGAUCAUCCUCCUGAUUCUCUCACCUGACGUUCUGCAGGACAUCUCCAAGGAGGAGGUUGAAGAAAGCAAAAUGAACAAGAAGCAGUUCCUGGACAACUUAAAGAAAGCUCUUGCUGGCCAUGCUGGUAGUCGGCAACUAACCGAGAGUGCUGCUAUAGCCUGUGUUAAACUUUGCAAGGCCUCCACGUACAUCAGCUGGGAGGACAACUCAGUCAUCUGCUUUCAGGUUCAAUCCAUGGUUGUGGACCUAAAGGCCCUGUUGUUCAAUCCUAGCAAGCCUUUCUCCAGAGGUGCUGGCAGCCAGAGUGCAGAUGUGGAUCUCAUGAUAGAUUGUUUUGUUUCCUGUUUUCGUAUCAAUCCUCACAACAAUAGUCAUUUCAAGGUCUGUUUGGCAUCAACUUCUCCAACGUUUCAUUAUGUGUUGGUUAAUUCAUUGCACAGAAUUAUUACUAACUCUGCAGUUGAUUGGUGGCCCAAGAUCGAUGCCGUGUACUGUUACUCAGGAGAGCUCAGAGGCAUGUUGGCCGAAACUCUGAAUAGGGUGAUGCAGAGUUGCAGCACACACACUCCCUUGCGUUUGACAACGAGUCUUACAUUCAAGGAAAAAAUGACAAGCCUUAAAUUUAAAGAAAAACCAACAGACUCGGAAACUCGAAGUUAUAAGUUUUUACUGCUGGCCAUUGUGAAAUUAAUUCACGGAGACCCAAAGCUUAUGUUACAUAAUCCAGGGAAGCAUGGACAUGAAAUCCAGAACAGCACUGCUGAGCUGAUAACUGGUCUAGUUCAGCUGGUUCCACAGACGAGCAUGCCUGAGAUAGCACAGGAAGCCAUGGAGGCCUUGUUGGUUCUUCAUCAACCAGAAAACAUAGGGUUAUGGAACCCAGAUGCACCAAUAGCAACUUUCUGGGAUAUAAGCUCUCAGGUUCUGUUCUUCAUCUGUAAGAAAUUGAUUGCUCAUCAGGUGCUGAACAGCACAGAAGUUCUCAAAUGGUUGCGGGAGAUUCUUAUUUGUCGGAAUAAGUUUCUUUUGGAGAAUAAGGAGAGUGCCACACUUGGCAGCGGGAUCCCCAUUUGCCGUCAGGCACAGACGAAACUGGAAGUGGCACUCUACAUGUUCCUCUGGAGUCCCGACAUAGAAGCAGUUCUCGUGUCCAUGUCCUGUUUCCGGCACCUUUGUGAAGAAGCUGAUAUUAGGUGUGGAGUUGAUGAUGUGCCUGUCCAAAGCAUCCUCCCGAAUUAUAACACUUUCAUGGAGUUUGCAUCAGUCAGCAAUAUGAUGUCAACAGGGCGGGCAGCUCUUCAAAAGCGGGUGAUGGCAUUGUUGAGGAGGAUAGAGCAUCCAACAGCAGGCAACACUGAGGCCUGGGAAGACACACACACAAAAUGGGAGCACGCUACCAAGUUAAUUCUGAAUUAUCCAAAAACCAAGAUUGAGGAUGGACAGGUAUCAGAAAGUCUUCAUAAGACGAUUGUUAAGCGCCGGAUGUCACAUGUAAGUGGUGGCUCGAUAGACCUGUCGGACACUGACUCGCUACAGGAAUGGAUUAACAUGACAGGCUUCUUGUGUGCAAUAGGAGGGGUCUGUCUCCAGCAUCGCACGAACUCAGGCUUAGUCACUUACAGCCCUCCCAUGGGGCCAAUCACUGAAAGGAAGGGUUCCAUGAUAUCCAUGGUUUCGACUGAAGGAAAUACAGAGACUCCGGUCAGCAAGUUUUUGGACCGACUGCUCUCGUUGAUGGUGUGCAAUCAUGAGAAAGUAGGGCUCCAGAUCAGGACUAAUAUUAAAGACCUAGUCGGACUGGAGCUCAGUCCCGUACUUUACCCCAUGCUCUUCAACAAGCUGAAAAAUUGCAUCAGCAGGUUUUUUGACUUGCAAGGCCAGGUGUUAUUGAAUGAUACAAACACACCAUUUGUGGAACAGACUAUAGCAAUUAUGAAGAACCUGCUCGACAAUCACACUGAAGGCAGUUCAGAGCACCUCGGGCAGGCUAGCAUUGAAACGAUGAUGCUCAAUUUAGUCAGGUAUGUGCGCGUUCUUGGGAACACUGUCCACGCAAUUCAGAUCAAAACCAAACUCUGUCAAUUGGUGGAAGUCAUGAUGGAGAGGCGAGAUGAUCUCUCCUUCUGCCAAGAGAUGAAAUUUAGGAACAAGAUGGUGGAAUACUUGACCGAUUGGGUUAUGGGAACAUCAAACCAGGCUGCUGAUGAUGAUGUGAAGUGCUUAACGAGAGACCUUGACCAAGCAAGUAUGGAGGCCGUGGUGUCGUUGCUUGCAGGGUUACCUUUACAACCCGAGGAGGGGGAUGGCGUAGAAUUAAUGGAGGCAAAAUCACAGCUCUUCCUCAAGUAUUUUACACUCUUCAUGAACUUGCUCAAUGACUGCAGCGAAGUUGAGGAGGAAACAGCACAAACUGGUGGACGGAAGAGAGGGAUGUCACGUCGCCUUGCUUCACUUAGGCACUGCACGGUUCUUGCAAUGUCCAAUCUUCUCAACGCCAAUGUAGAUAGUGGACUCAUGCACUCAAUAGGCUUGGGUUACCAUAAAGAUCUUCAGACAAGAGCCACGUUCAUGGAAGUGCUAACUAAAAUUCUUCAACAGGGGACAGAGUUUGAUACUCUGGCAGAAACUGUACUGGCUGAUCGAUUUGAAAGACUUGUGGAGUUGGUCACUAUGAUGGGAGAUCAGGGGGAAUUGCCCAUUGCAAUGGCUCUAGCCAAUGUGGUGCCUUGCUCACAGUGGACUUCCAUUGGGCCUGUCUCAAAUCUCAACCAACAGGAUGAGCUCGCUCGAGUGCUGGUGACGCUAUUUGAUUCGCGUCAUCUUCUCUACCAGUUGCUAUGGAAUAUGUUCUCCAAGGAAGUUGAGCUAGCUGAUUCCAUGCAGACUCUCUUUCGCGGCAAUAGUCUUGCGAGUAAAAUAAUGACAUUCUGCUUUAAGGUCUAUGGUGCUGCAUACUUACAGAAGUUACUUGAACCUUUGCUGAAAACUGUACUUAAAGAUCCCGAGAAACAGCACCUCAGCUUUGAAGUCGAUCCUACCAGGUUAGAACCAAUGGAAAGCCUGGAUGAAAAUCAGCGGAAUUUACUGCAAAUGACACAGAGAUUUUUCCAUGCAAUCAUUAAUUCCUCAUCCGAGUUUCCCCCACAGCUGCGAAGCGUCUGCCAUUGCUUGUAUCAGGCUACUUGCCACUCUCUACUGACUAAAUCUACAGUAAAAGAAAAAAAGGAAACCAUGAAAAAAUCAGUUGUCAGCCAGCGUUUCCCCCAGAACAGCAUUGGUGCUGUCGGAAGUGCUAUGUUUUUAAGAUUCAUCAAUCCUGCUAUAGUAUCUCCAUAUGAAGCAGGAAUUCUUGAUAAGAAGCCUCCACCAAGAAUUGAACGGGGAUUGAAGUUAAUGUCCAAGAUUCUACAAAGCAUUGCAAAUCAUGUCCUGUUUACAAAAGAAGAACAUAUGAGGCCAUUUAAUGAUUUUGUCAAAAACAACUUCGAUGCAGCCCGCAGGUUUUUCCUGGACAUUGCAUCUGACUGCCCAGCCAGUGACACAGUCAAUCACAGUCUUUCGUUCAUCAGUGAUGGGAACGUUCUUGCUUUGCAUAGGUUGCUGUGGAACAAUCAGGAGAAAAUAGGCCAGUAUCUUUCCAGUAACAGGGAUCACAAAGCAGUAGGGAGAAGACCGUUUGACAAGAUGGCUACCUUGUUAGCCUAUCUGGGCCCUCCUGAGCACAAGCCUGUUGCUGACACUCACUGGUCCAGUCUAAACCUCACCAGCUCCAAGUUUGAGGAGUUUAUGACCAGGCAUCAAGUACAUGAAAAGGAAGAGUUCAAAGCUUUAAAGACGCUUAACAUCUUUUAUCAGGCUGGAACAUCAAAAACAGGAAAUCCUGUGUUUUACUAUAUAGCCAGAAGGUUUAAGACUGGGCAGAUAAAUGGUGACUUGCUUAUCUAUCACGUCCUCCUAACUCUGAAGCCAUAUUAUGCCAAGCCAUAUGAGAUUGUUGUGGACUUAACGCAUGCAGGACCCAGCAACCGUUUCAAAACAGACUUCCUUUCCAAAUGGUUUGUAGUUUUCCCUGGAGCGGCCUAUGAGAACGUGGCUGCGGUCUACAUCUACAACUGCAACUCCUGGGUGAGAGAGUACACGAAGUAUCAUGAGCGUCUUCUCACUGGACUCAAGGGGAGCAAAAAGCUUAUCUUCAUUGAUUCACCGGGUAAGCUUGUGGAGCAUAUUGAGCCAGAUCAUCAGAAGCUUCCUGCUGCCACUCUGGCGCUGGAGGAAGACCUCAAAGUUUUUCACAAUGCUCUAAAGCUGGCUCAUAAGGACACCAAGGUUUCCAUCAAGGUGGGAUCCACUGCAGUUCAGGUGACGUCAGCAGAGCGGACCCGGGUGCUUGGCCAAUCUGUGUUUCUGAACGAUAUUUACUAUGCUUCAGAAAUAGAGGAAAUUUGCUUGGUAGAUGAAAGCCAGUUUACGUUAACUAUUGCCAAUCAAGGCACUCCUCUAACGUUCAUGCACCAAGAAUGCGAGGCAAUAGUCCAAUCUAUUAUCCAUAUAAGGACACGCUGGGAAUUGUCACAGCCAGACUCCAUCCCACAGCACACUAAAAUAAGACCAAAGGAUGUUCCAGGAACCCUGCUGAACAUAGCACUUCUGAAUCUUGGGAGCUCUGAUCCAAGCUUGCGAUCUGCCGCCUAUAAUCUCCUGUGUGCCUUAACAUGCACCUUCAAUCUGAAAAUUGAAGGUCAGUUGCUGGAGACAUCUGGACUCUGUAUCCCUGCAAACAACACAUUAUUCAUUGUCUCCAUCAGUAAAACAUUGGCAGCAAAUGAACCCCACCUGACACUGGAGUUUCUUGAAGAAUGCAUCUCGGGCUUCAGCAAAUCCAGUAUUGAGCUGAAGCAUCUUUGUUUGGAAUACAUGACACCCUGGUUGUUGAACCUAGUUCGCUUCUGUAAACACAAUGACGACGCUAAACGGCAGCGGGUUACCGCCAUCCUGGACAAGCUGAUCACAAUGACGAUUAACGAGAAGCAAAUGUACCCUUCCAUCCAGGCGAAAAUCUGGGGCAGUCUUGGCCAGAUCACAGACCUGCUUGAUGUUGUUCUCGAUAGUUUCAUAAAGACCAGUGCAACAGGCGGCUUGGGCUCCAUCAAAGCAGAAGUCAUGGCGGACACUGCAGUGGCACUCGCAUCAGGAAAUGUCAAGCUUGUUUCAAGCAAGGUGAUUGGAAGAAUGUGCAAAAUAAUUGACAAGACCUGCCUGUCUCCAACUCCUACACUCGAACAGCACCUGAUGUGGGACGACAUCGCCAUUCUUGCUCGAUACAUGCUGAUGUUGUCUUUCAACAAUUCGCUCGACGUAGCCGCACAUCUCCCUUACCUCUUCCACGUGGUUACUUUGUUAGUGGCCACAGGCCCUCUGUCCCUAAGGGCUUCCACCCACGGUUUAGUCAUCAACAUUAUUCAUUCGCUCUGCACUUGUUCACAACUUAAUUUUAGUGAAGAGACUAAACAAGUCUUGAGGCUCAGCCUGACGGAGUUUUCAUUGCCCAAGUUCUACCUGCUUUUUGGAAUCAGCAAAGUCAAGUCGGCUGCUGUGAUAGCAUUCCGGUCCAGCUAUCGUGAUCGUUCCUUUUCUCCCGGAUCCUAUGAGAGAGAGACUUUUGCCCUUACCUCCCUUGAAACCGUAACGGAAGCCUUGUUAGAGAUAAUGGAGGCCUGUAUGAGGGAUAUACCUACCUGCAAAUGGCUGGACCAGUGGACAGAGUUAGCACAAAAAUUUGCAUUCCAAUAUAACCCAUCUCUUCAGCCGAGAGCUCUUGUUGUCUUUGGCUGUAUCAGUAAGCGAGUAACUCAUGGGCAGAUUAAACAGAUCAUUCGUAUCCUAAGCAAGGGUCUGGAGAGUUGCCUGAAAGGUCCUGAUAACCACAACAGCCAAGUUUUGAUCGAAGCUACUGUCAUAGCAUUGACGAAGCUUCAACCACUGCUCAACAAGGACUCAAAUAUGCACAAGGCCCUAUUUUGGGUGGCAGUAGCAGUGUUACAGCUGGAUGAAGUCAACCUGUACUCUGCUGGCACAGCGUUGCUGGAGCAAAAUCUACACACGUUGGAUAGUCUUAAGGUCUUCAAUGACAAGAGUCCAGAGGAGGUAUUUAUGGAGAUUAGAAGACCCUUGGAAUGGCAUUGUAAGCAGAUGGAUCACUUUGUUGGGCUCAACUUCAACUCUAACUUCAAUUUUGCAUUGGUGGGGCACCUGAUGAAAGGGUACAGACAUCCGUCUCCCACCACGGUGGCCAGAACAGUGAGGAUAUUGCAUACCCUACUAGCCUUAGUUGGCAAGCACAGGAACUGCGACAAAUUUGAAGUUAACACACAGAGUGUGGCUUAUCUUGCUGCCUUACUGACGGUUUCAGAGGAGGUGAGGAGUCGGUGCAGCCUGAAACAUAGGAAGUCUCUCUUAAUGUCUGACGUCUCCGUGGAAAACGUGCCAAUGGAUACAUAUGCCAUGCACCAUGGUGACCCGGGCUCCAGAGCUUUAAGAGAAAGUCAGCCAUGGGUUUCACCCAAGAUAUCAGACAGAUAUUUGGCCGCUAACUACCCAACAAUGGGGCAAAUUAGCCCCAGGACUCGCAAGUCCAUGAGCCUGGAUAUGGGGCAGCCUUCACAGGCUAACACCAAAAAGCUACUAGGUGAUGCCCGUUAUCUUACAGGUACAAGGAAAAGUUUUGACCACUUAAUUUCAGACAGUAAAGCGCCAAAGAGACAGGAUGUGGACGCGGGGAUUACUACUCCACCGAAGAUGAGGCGCGUGGCAGAGCACGAUUUUGAUAUGGGCUCUUGUACCUCCUCCCUGAUGGUGGAAAUGAGAAGAGGACAUGUCCCAGAAGAAACACAGCGGAUAUCCUCACAGCAGCACUCCCACUUGCGGAAGGUCUCGGUGUCUGAAUCAAAUGUGCUUCUGGAUGAAGAAGUCCUCACUGACCCCAAGAUCCAGGCCCUGCUACUCACCGUCCUGGCUACAUUGGUGAAACACACUACAGAUGAGUUUGAUCAGCGCAUCCUGUACGAGUACUUAGCUGAAGCCAGUGUCGUCUUCCCCAAAGUGUUUCCCAUUGUACACAAUUUACUGGACUCCAAGAUUAAUACGUUGCUAUCUCUAUGCCAAGACCCCAAUCUACUAAAUCCCAUACAUGGGAUUGUGCAGAGUGUGGUGUAUCAUGAAGAAUCGCCGCCUCAGUAUCAGCCAGCAUAUUUACAAAGUUUUGGUUUCAAUGGACUUUGGAGAUUCGCAGGAUCUUUCUCUAAGCAAACCCAGAUCCCGGACUACGCCGAGCUGAUUGUGAAGUUUCUGGAUGCAUUAAUCGACACGUAUUUGCCAGGAAUAGAUGAAGAAUCCACUGAGGAGUCCCUGCGCACACCGACCUCUCCCUACCCACCCCCUGUCCAAAGCCAGCUUAGCAUUACUGCCAACUUAAACCUCUCGAAUUCCAUGACCUCACUGGCAACCACCCAGCAUUCUCCUGGAAUUGAUAAAGAGAACGUGGAACUCUCACCAACAUCGGGACACGCCAACAGUGGGCGAAUCCGUCAUGGGUCUGCAAGUCAAGUGCAGAAGCAACGCAGUGCUAGCAGCUUCAAGCGCCCCAGCAUUAAAAAGAUUGUGUGACAUGUUCUAUGACUGACCCACCCGGCCUGGUCAGGCUACGGCUAAGUGGGCUCUUCCGCUCCCCCCCAAAAAAAGAUGCUCUCUUCCCAUCACAUGGGACUUGCGCCAUCCAACUAACGGGCGAAGAUUGCUCUGCGACCGGACACUCAUCUUAGUUCCCUUUCACACCGUCAGUAUUCUCUGCAGUUUCAAUACAAGAGUUCUUGUUCAUGGAACUUAGCGUUGCAAAGAGAGAAUUCGUUUUAAUUCUGUCACCUUUACUUUAGUGGGGGGAGGGGGGGAAAGGCACUGAGAUUCGUAUCAACACUGUAAUCGCUGUCAAAACAUGGAAACCAUUAAUUGCAGAAGGGAAGGUUCUAACCUAAUCGCCUUCUACACGAUAAAGAAAAGUGCUUAACCUCUGUUUACAGUUCAGUUUUCAGCGAUCAAUAGAAAUGGCUUAAUGGGUAGCAAUUAAUCAUGUCUGUUGGUGAUUUUUGCUUUGAGGGUACCCUGUGUUUAGAGAAAGAAACCUUUUAAGCUGUAGGUACAGUAACCAAACAUCAUGUUUAAAGCACAUUUAACUCACCGAAGUUAGGUCCAUUGCAGCAAUCAUAGAAAAUGUACAUAUCCAAUACAUUUAUUUUACUGAUCCGCAAAUAGCAAAGACUUUGUCUUUCUUUUUAUAUUUGUUUACAGUCCUGGAAAAACUAUGAAUUAAACUAUGAUAUGCAAGAACUUUGCCAAAAUAGGUAAUUAUUACAAACAAAAAAAAACUUAGUAUUAAAUUUGUGGUAUUCAGCGAAUGUGACUCCUUUAGGGACAAUUGUGUAGAUGCCGUUAAUGUCUCAAAAAUAAAACUGAAACGGCACCUCUAUCUUGUGUAUUUAACAAAAUAUUUUGGUGUGAUUUCAAGACGAUUCUGUUCACAGUUGAAUGCGGAUCAACUCGGAGCAGGUGACCUGAGGCUAACAUGAGUAUCUUCGAUUUAGUUUCCAGGUCAACACACCCACUCCCCACAAACGUUCACAUGCGCACACAAUUUAAAACUCAAAGGUGUUUUCUCUCAGUCAAUGUUAUGCAACAGACCUUACUGCAAGAAGUCACUGCUAGUGUUGGCCACAGAGUUUUUUUAAACUGCAGUAUGUUCAUCUGUAAAUAGUUUUUGUGUAAAAUUGAGAAAGGUAUAUUUACUACACUGUAAAUACAUGUGAUGAUAUAUUGUAUUAUUUUGCUUUUUGUAAAGCAGUUAGUUGCUGUACAUGUAUAACAUAUGAAAUUUGAUUAUUCUAGUGUCAGUAAUGUUAACUUCUCUCUUCCCUUCCGUUGCAUUUUAUGUCAUUAAAAGAAUC